GGCCGGGUUCACCAGCCGAUUCGGCCGCCCGAGGGCCGGCAGCCCGAGAGGGCGCAGGUUCGCUGGGAGUGGGAUACCAAGGAAGUCCAAGCAGGCGCAAGUGCGGUGGCGCCACCGCAGAGACCACGGCCGGGCUUCGAGGUUCCCUUGGUGAUUUCUCACGCACCUCCACCAGAGCCAAGUAGAAGCCAGGAGCAUGCAGACGUGCCCUUGCGCAAGGCUCCCGCACCAGUCUCUGAGCGAGCCUCGGAUCUUCGGCACCUCGACCUAUCGAGGGACCUCUUCUCGGAAGCGAGCGUCUGCAGCAGUCCAGCGGCUCCAUCACCAAGGCCUGUCCACGGCGCCAGCCGACCCGUCGGUGAAGGUUGGGAUGACUCGCAAUGGCUCGCCAAGGCCAUGGAGUUUCUGAGCGACUUCUCUGGCGGAGCCGAUGUGGACAUAGGGCUUGAAAGUGCAAGGAGGCCAACUGGGCUAAGGUCGCCUGAAACGGAGGCCGGUAGCCGUGCAUCGCGAGGUUCCCAGAACAAGCUGGUUCAGCUCAUCGAGGAGUGUGGUCUCAGCAACAUGCCGGAAUGGUACCAUGCUUCAGUGGACAGGAUCACCGAGGUGCAUCCCCUGCUCACUUGCGCAGCUCGUGUGGAGCCGCACGGUGCUGCCCCGGGGCUUCUAGGAACCAAGAGGAGGUCCUACGUGGUUCCCAAGAGAGUCGCAGCACCCCGAGACAGAGAUGCCGAGGAGAAGCCGCGCGCCGCCUCCCAACGAGCCUCAGGUCCAAGCGCCAGACGACAAGCAAGCCGUGAGAGCACUGAGUUCGUGUCCGAGAGCUCCAGGCGCGAGAGGACAGAAUUCACUUCAAACGUCGCUCCGAAGUUGCCUCCACAAGCGAGGGCUCGGAAGAGUCCGGAUUCUGAGCCGAAAAGGCGUGCAAGUGCGUAG